AUGAGUGUAGCAGGAAAUUGGUGCCUUAUUGAAAGCGAUCCGGGGGUAUUUAAUGAAUUAAUGGCCGGUUUUGGUGCCGAUGGUUUAGAGUGUAUUGAAGUCUAUAACACUCAAAAUACUGAAUUUUUCAAGGAUGCUCUGGGGCUUAUUUUUCUAUUUCAGUGGGGAAAUGAUCAGAAGAAGGAAUCAAAACCUCUUGAUUUUGUUGACGAUAACUCAAUAUUUUUUGCAAAGCAGGUUAUCAAUAACGCCUGUGCUACUCAAGCCCUUAUAAACGUUCUUUUCAAC